CACAUAUUAUACAGAUUACAGAUCCAAUGAAUAUUUGUUCGCAAAAGAUCUGUUUAUUUUCCAGCCUAAUUGCUGUAUAAAUUUAAUUUCACACGUCGUUAUACUAGCUGUUAUAUUUAAUUUCAGCAAUACUCAGUUCACUGGUAAAAUGGAUUUAAACCGGAUUUUAGAUUAAUGUUCAGGUUUUACUGUACUCUCAAGGAUUUAUAUAGUACUAUAUAAAUACUUGUUACUUUAAGUCAGUCUAUAUUUGGUGACCUGGCUGUUAGGCUGACAUAAACAUGGCAGAGACUAUACCCGAAAUAAGUAAUGUAUUGAAGGAAGCAACAAAUUCUUUUCAACAGAAAUUCGGGUACAAACCAGAAAAGGCUGCAUACGGCCCAGGAAGAGUAAAUUUGAUCGGAGAACACACCGAUUACAAUGAUGGAUUUGUUUUCCCGAUGGCAUUACCUCUGGUUACAUUGUUGGUUGGGAAGAAGACAGAUUCUGGGACAUGUAGAGUUUUAACAUUAGCAAACAUUGGAAAUGACAACUAUGUGGAAUUCGCUAUUCCAUCAAACAAAGAUGGUCUAUCACCUGGUAAACCAAUGUGGGCAAAUUACGUCAAAGGAGUUGUUGCAAACUAUAAAGGACCAAUGUGUUCAUUUGAUGCUGUUAUUGUUUCAACUGUUCCUUUGGGAGGUGGAGUAUCAAGUUCAGCAUCUUUAGAAGUUGGUACUUAUACUUUUCUUGAUGAACUAAAUGGUCUGUCAUCGGAUACAAGUGUGCCAAAGACAGAGAAAGCAUUGGCAUGCCAAAAAGCUGAACAUGAGUACGCAGGGAUGCCUUGUGGAAUAAUGGACCAGUUUAUAUCAAUGUUGGCUGAGAAGGAUCAUGCUCUUUUGAUAGACUGCAGGUCAUUAGAAAGCAAACUUGUUCCAAUGAAAGACUCCAGUGUUGUUGUUUUGGUCACGAAUUCCAAUGUGAAACAUCAGUUGACAGGAUCAGAAUAUCCAACUCGCAGACGACAGUGUGAAAUGUCUGCAAAGACCAUGGGAAAGAAAAGCCUUCGUGAUGCAACAGAACAAGAUUUGGAAGAAUGCAAAGACAAAUUAGAUGAAGAGACAUUUAGACGUGUACGACAUGUGAUAGGGGAAAUUUCACGAACAGAGGAAGCAGCUAAUGCACUUGAAAAUGGAGAUUAUAAACGGUUUGGAGAACUUAUGGUUGCAAGUCAUAAUUCUCUACGAGAUGAUUAUGAAGUGUCAUGUACUGAGUUAGAUCAGUUAGUGGAGGCAGCAUUAGAGGUUGAUGGUGUGUAUGGUUCCAGAAUGACGGGAGGUGGAUUUGGUGGAUGUACAGUUACGUUAGUGAAGCAAUCGGCUGUCAAUAAUGCUAUUGAACAUAUACAGAAAAAGUAUAGUGGUAAAGCUACAUUUUUUGUUUGUCCACCAUCAGGAGGAGCCAAACCAGUCCCUGUUUGAUGAUUGCUAUUAUUAGUCAACGAGGAUCUUGUUAUUGUUAUAAAUUACCAGUAUUUAUUUGAUAUGUGGAUAAGGAACUCAUCUUCAUCAUCUUUAUCAUCCUAAAGGGGAUCUCAUUAUUGUUAUGAUUAAUUUGAAAAGUUGGGAAUUAACCUGUUGUUAGUGUUUUAAUUUGUUGACAGUGUGGCAGCUAGCUGUUGAAUCACCAGUAUUUUAGAGAACAGUGCUACCGUACAAUGCAAGUCUUAGAAUCUCUGUUUUGAUUGGAAUCUCAUUUAUAGAAAUAUAGCAAUAUAUUGUUUGUAAUAUACGAAUUUGGGUUUAUAAUAAAGAAGAACUUUAUAUGGUUUUAUCA